UUCCCUUCGGUGUGUGCGGAAGCGUGUGGUGCUGUCGAAGGUUUGUUGCCGGUUCAGCGCGCGCGUGUGUGAAUAGUGUGCGCGGUGUGCAGGCUCGGAAAACAAUACGCGGCGUGUUUUGUGCGAAAUUUGCCACAAUACCAACCGGACACCACCCGGGGGUCAACGUUCAACGCGGAAUCAUUCCGUUUGUGUUGCGUGCAGCAAGUGAAUGUAUGUGCAGUUCUUGUGCUAGUUGCUGAAAGUAUGUGAAAUAAUGUUAAACGUAAAUUGAAGAAAACAGAAGAAAAUGGCAUAAAAGAAGUGCAAAAAAUAAUGAAAAAUGUAAUACAAGCUGCUGCGUGAAGGCGAGAAGUGCGUGAAGUAUAAAGCAACGUUUUUUGUGUUAAAAAGGGAAAUAAUUUCAUGGUAAAAAGAAUUUCCCUUUCUAAAGAUCAUGAAAUAUAACAAUCGAAUAGAGUCCAGCUGAUGAAAGAAUAGUAAAACCGCAAUCGAGAUAUAGGAACCUGCUCCAUCUUCAAAAGAUAUUCAAAACAUCGAAAAAUGCCCUGUGUACGGUUCCAGUAAGGCGCACAUACCGUUAGCAUCAACCAAAGCGUGUUCCUGUCUAAACCAUUCUUCUCUUCAUGCGGUGUACCGAACGGAGCUUCCGAGAAAAACGGAGAGUGGAAGUGAGAACAAACUUGUGUAAAUAGAAGGAAAUAAUUGGUAAACAAAUUUGUUCUCCCCAUUUACUACGACGCAUCGCGGUCGUUUGUCGUGCAUGUCUACGCAUCCUGCAAGAACAACAGACGGCAAACCCGUGAAACAACAAAAGGCGCGCUGAUAGCUUCUCCGAGCCAAAAAAAAGGGUCCCAAUUAGAGGCGACCACAGUGUUUUGGUUGUGCCAAGUUCUUCUCGGGCGACAAGGUGUCGAAUUCAGCAUAUACAGACACACGCAUUCUCCCAAUUCCAACAGCAACAAUGUUAUGCGAUCGUUGCCGUCGUCGGCUUUUGAUGUGUGGCGUCGGUAUAUAUUUGGAAGGAGCGCGAUGAAGCGCAAGGAUACACGUUGCUAUGCUUCCUCCCAACAUCGUCGGCCCUAGCAGGACGAACGGAGCUUGAGCGAACGUAUUUGUGCGGGAUCUGUUUGUUCAGAAAAGCAUAAAAGUAUGAUAAUGAUGAGCUAAGGCUUUCGAGCGAUCCCGGCGAGACAACACGAGACAUACACAGUUGUGUGUGCGUAGCGCCAAAGCAAAAAGCGAAAGAAAUAUCUGUAACCACGAUUGCUCCAGGUGAAACACGACUGUCGGUGGCGGCGUGGUUUUGUGAAUUCAAUGUUACGUGUUGUAAAGGUGCUGUGUGUGUGAUACAAAAAAGAAGGUGCGAAGUGUGGUGUGAUAUUGAGGGAAUUAGAAAAAUUAAUGUCGAAAGGUUCUGUCGGUGUUGUAGCUUCCGGAUAAAGAGCGGGGUUUUCAGGUGCGUGUGUUGUUAAAAGCAAACUGCUUUCUGUGUGAAACAUCGAUGAUGUAAAAUUAUUCCAAAAAAGGAAAGCUUUGGAAGUGAUCGUGAGCGUAUAAUAGGCAGUGUUUUUGUUCUUUGCGUUUGAGGCGGCAUAGAAUAGUUUGAUGUGCUUUCGAUGUGCUUUAGAUAUAUAGUGUAAAGUGUUAAAAAUUGAGGGCUUAUUGUGUGCCGCACGGUGGAAUUGAAUAUUCCACCAAGAUUCCAACAUGGGUUAUCUGGUGUUGGUAACGACGCUUCUGGCACUGCUGAUAAGCCCAACCAUUCAAGGCCAGUACCGUGCACCACGGAUCGUCGAGCAUCCCAACAACCAGAUCGUGCCGAAAAAUGAACCCGUGACGUUGAACUGCAAAGCGGACGGGAAACCGGAUCCGGCCAUCCACUGGUACAAGGACGGUGAGCCGGUGAAGUUUACGCCCAACCAUGUCCUGCUCCCGACCGGCUCGCUGUUCUUUCUGCGCACCCUGCACAGCAAGAAGGAGAACGAUGCCGGUGUCUAUCGGUGCGUCGCAUCAAACCUCGCCGGUAUUGCCGAGAGCCGGAACGCUACGCUGCAGAUUGCAUUGCUGCGCGACGACUUUCGGGUGGAGCCGAAGGAUACGCGAGUGGCCGCUGGUGAAACUGCGCUGCUCGAGUGUGGCGCCCCGAAAGGCAGUCCCGAGCCGGGCAUCCGCUGGCUGAAGGACGACGUACGGCUGGUGCUGGAGGAGAAUCUGCGCUCGGCCAAGGAGAUCGGCCGCAUCCGGAUCGUGGACGGUGGCAACCUGCUCAUCAGUGACGUUCGGGCGACGGACGGCGGACGGUACCAGUGCGAGGCGUUCAAUGCGGCCGGUAAGCGCGUAAGCUCCAUCGCCCGGCUGAUCGUGCAAGUGAAACCCUACUUCAAGCUGGAACCAAUGGACACAACUGCCCUGGUAGGGCAGCGCGUCCAGUUCCGCUGUGCCGUCGAUGGCGAUCCAACGCCGCAGAUCUUGUGGAGCAAGGAGAACGGUCACAUUCCGGUGGGCAGGGCCGAAAUUCAGGAGGAAGAGGACCGCAGCCUGGUCAUCCGCAGUGUCGUGCCGACCGAUCAGGGCAUGUACAUCUGCGAGGCGCACAAUUCGAUCGGCCAGAUCAGCGCGAAAGCACAGCUCAUCGUCAACUCGCUCGAUGCCCGUUUGAUGUCCGAUUUCGUUACAGCUCCACCGACAUUCCUGAUCAAGCCUCAGGACCAGAAGACGGCCCUGAACGGGGUGGCCUCGUUCAAGUGCACCGCGUCCGGCAAUCCGCAACCGUCCGUCUUCUGGACGAAGGAAGGCUCCCAGACGCUGAUGUUUCCCAACAAUACGUACGACAACAUGCAGGUAUCGGUGCAGGGAACGCUACAGAUCCGUGGCGUCCAGAAGGAUGACGAUGGGUACUACAUCUGUUCAGCGCUGAGUGUGGCCGGUUCGACUGUUAGCAGAGCUUACUUACAGGUUCUAACGUCAGAGGACAGCAGUCCGCCGCCGAUACUGCAGAUCGUACCAGCGAAUCAAACGCUGCCCCGCGGCACCGUUGCCACGCUGCCGUGCCGUGCCAGCGGUAAUCCGACGCCCAUGAUUCGCUGGAUGAAAAAUGCGACCGAUAUCAACCUUUCCGGCGGUAACGGGCGCAUUUCAAUCAUCCAGGGUGGCACGCUAAGAAUUGAUGAUUUGCGAAAUGAGGACAGCGGCUGGUACCGGUGUGUGGCGUUUUCUGAGAAAGGUGAAACCUCAUGGAGUGCACACUUAACGGUUGAAAGCAGCCUUUCGUCAAUGCAGCACCGGUCACACAAUGCGGAACUGCUGCCAUCGGCACCGGGCAUGCCGAAGGCGGUUAAUAUCACCAACAGCAACAUUACGCUGACCUGGACCCGGGGUCAGGACGAGCUGCAGAUGAACUCCGUAACGGAUGGGUACACGAUCGAGUACUACAGCCCGGAGGAGAAGGCGGGCUGGAUCAAAGCGAUGAGUCGCAUCCCGGGCUAUACCGCAACGAUAACAAACCUUUCACCUUCCACUUCGUACAUGUUCAUCAUCCGCGCUGAGAACGGGUACGGCUAUUCGGCCCCUUCGCCAACGUCCGCCAUCAUCCGCACGCUUUCCGCCAACGAUGGCGUGACGAUGCCGGAAGAAAUAGAAACAGCUCGAUUGCUUCUAAGUGGGCAGAUCCUGGAAUUGGUUGACGCGGUCGCAAUCAACUCCACCACCAUCCGGCUAGAAUGGCAGCUCCACAUCAGCAACACGAAUGACUACGUCGAGGGUUUGUACGUGCGGUACCGGAACCUGUCCGCCGGGGCCGACGCCCAAAGCUACAGCAUGCUCACCAUACCGAUGAAUCCCUCCGAGACGUACGUCAUAACGGGGCUGGAAAAGUUCACCCGGUACGAGUUUUUCCUCACGCCCUACUUCAAAACGGUCGAGGGACAGCCGACCAGCUCGAAGGUGGUACAAACGCUGGAAGAUUUCCCCACGGGCGCCCCGAUGAACGUGCAAACCGGCAUGGUAAACUUAACGACGGGUCUGGUCAAUUGGUUGCCACCGGUCGACUCGCACCUGAACGGUGUCCUGCUCGGGUACAAGGUGCAGCUGCGUGCGGCCAACUCGUCGAAAGUUCUAGCUCAGAUCACGCUCAACGCUACGACGACAUCGAUCGUCUUUCACAGUCUUACGACGGGCCAGACGUACACGGUACGGGUAGUUGCGUUCAACCGGGUUGGGGCUGGACCUUACUCGAAGCCAGCGUACCUCGUGAUGGACCCAGCGCAUGUGAUAGCUCCGCCGAGGGCGCACAAUUCGCUGAGCGAUUUUGAGGACACCCGGAAGCUAAAUAUGUGGCACGAACCCUGGUUCACGGUGCCGGUGGUGGUGCUGCUGAUGAUGCUGCUCGUGAGCGGCGUCCUCACGGUCGUGCUGAUUGUGCGCAACCGGGCAAAGGUAAACAAGGAGAUGAUGAGCGCCACCACGACGGUGUCGGGCAGUGCUGGCGGCGGGAUGACGGACCCAAGCCGGCGGCCGAUGGUCGUCUCACGGCGCGACUGUCUGUGGAUAGAUCGUGGCUGGCGAUCGACGGACACGGAUAAGGAUUCGGGACUGAGCGAGGCGAAGCUGUUGGAAAGUUCGCAGAACACGGCGAACUAUGCGGACGUUAGUACGGAUUACGCCGAGGUGGAUCCGAGAAGCAUCACUUCGUUCUACAACAGUCGUAAGUCUCCAGACAAUCCAUCACCCUACGCGACCACUGUACUUGUGAACGGGAACUGCAACGACAACGGCAAGAUGAGCUACCAGGGCCUGGACGGGUACAUAUCAAGAGCGUCCACCAAUCGUUCCGAUCCGGCAACGUAUCUUGCUGGACAUCCGAAAGCUUUCACGCCCGUGCCAUACAAUCAAGCUCCUCCUGCAAACUGGAUUGAUUUCCUUCCUCCUCCACCGGAGCAUCCGCCACCGAUACCACAAGCUUUAGACCACCAUAUACAUCUAAAUCAUGUGUAUCCCUCGGAACUGAUCGGCGGUAGUGGUGGUGGUAAUGGAGGCAGUGGCUGUCCACCCACCGCGAUCGGUUCCCAGGGAUCGUCCGCUCGUUGUGGAUCGGCCCAAUCCGGUAGUUAUAAUAGUGGCAGUGCUCAACAUUCAUAUCAAUAUGUAGAUCCAUCCCUGCUAGGACGCGGAUCGUCUAGAAGCAGCUCGAACGAGUGCACCAUGCGCAAUGUACCACCGCUUCCGCUGCCGAACCAGCAGUCUGCAGUUGGCCAGCAACAGCAGCCGCCACACUUUCUCCCGUACAUGAACGGUGGUACGCCCGGAUCCGCCGAACAGCAGUCACCUUACUUCAACGACGAUGUGUACAACAGUCCGGUGAAGAACGGAGACGUCAACUAUCAUCCGUAUCGGAUGCCCAACUCGUCGUCGGCAUCUUCCAUAUCAUGCUGCCAGUCGAACCAUUCCCGGAGCAGCCAUUCGGGCGGCUCGAAAAAUCACGAAUUUCUAGACCAGCAGCAGCAACAGCACCACGCUCACCUGCAACAUCAGCAGCAGCAGCAGCAGCUCCACAGCAAUAUGAUGAUGCAACAACAUCACCAUAUGAACAAACUUAAUGGUAUGGGCAGCUACGAUGGCCUAACCCCAUCGAAGGUGGUAUCGUUCAACGAGCAGUAUCAAAUGCUGGAUGACAGCGGUCACCAUCACAACGGCGACAGCAGCGGCGUACCCGGCAGAACGGAGCACGAAAACUGCACCUACUUCACCAACUACUCGGACGCGUCCGGUGCGAGCAGUAGCAGCGGCAGUGGCGGCUUCCGCAUGCAUCCGAAGUUUGUGAAAACCGUGCACGUAAAUAUUGAAAACGCCAUCAACGGUAACUAUCACCAGCAGCAGCAGCAGCACCACCACCUCCACCAGCAGCAAAUGCACCGAGAUCAAACGCAGCAGCAACCGAUGCUCAUCACUAAUGGCCAUCAUCACAAUCACCAGCAGCAACAGCAUCCUCCGUACGUGUACAAUCAGCAGCAGCAGCAGGAACCGAUCAGCGAACACGAAGAGACUGAAACAGACAAAAUGCUGACCGGUAGCUACAGCGAAAACGAAGACCACACGGUAAGCAACGGUUGUUCCGGGCCCGACUCGGACACCCAUGACGAGCUGUCGAAGACGACAAAGCUUACCAACGGCGGAAGCCACGAAGAAGAUGACGGCGUGUCGCUCGGUCCGGUCUAUGAGGAACCGACGGCGGUGCAUCAAGCCGCAUAAAUAUAGCGUCUGAGGGGUGAGUGAGAAGCGUUAUCCCGUCACAGCACGUAAGUAGACGCAAGCGCUUUUAUCUGCCGAUUUGUUCUACACGCACACACAAUCGUGCGUACAAUCUUCCGGAAUUCGCAGUUGGGGGGGUUGGUUUUUAAUUUUGAAUUACGCAGAAUUGAUUUCUUCGAAAUAGGAGCUCGAAAUGAUACUUAGAUGAGCUGGCUGGGGCUGUCCUCUAGUAAAGUGACAGUGCAAAAUAUACGAGUUUAGGUGAAGGAGGUGAAGUUAAGUGAAAGGUGCAUUAGACAAUGCUAUAAAAUGGUCACACAAGUCAAGAGGUACACAACACGACCCAUAGGGUUUGUUUUUUCGCACGCCGGUGAACCAUUUGAGAUACCAAAAGAUACGAAGGGAGGGGUUGUCCCUAGGAAGGUAAUAAUUUAUUUAAGUGAAACGUUCGGUACUCUGAGAUGAGAAUUUCCCUUGCUGUACAGUUGAUGUUUCGUUAGCGAUGCCAUUUAGAGAAUAAUUUCCAUGCGUUAGGAGAGUUAGGAACUUUUUUUUUCUCCGCUGAAUUAUUAUUAUUAUUUUAUUUUUUACUAAAGACCUCUGAAACAAGAAAAUUUUGCACUUUUAAA